AUGGAGACUGCAGAGGUUGACAGGAUGGCAAAUUUUAAGGGUCACGCGCUUCCAGGCAGCUUCUUCCUGCUCUUUGGACUCUGGUGGUCUGUGAAAUACCCACUGCAGUAUCUCAGCCAGAAAGUAAAUAAAAAAUCCCACAGGGCUUACUAUUUCCAGCGUGUGGAUGCCAUUGAAGGGGGAAUCAAAAUCCUCUUUUCUCUAAUAGGGAUGCUGGCGGAGCAGUUUGUCCCCGAUGGUCCCCACUUGUACCUGUACAGCGGGGAGAAGCAUGACUGGGUGAAGCUGAUGAACUGGCAGCACACCACCAUGUACCUCUUCUACGGCCUUUCCGGAGUGGUAGAUGUCUUCACCUUCAUCUCCCAGGCGGUGCCGCAGGGUCUGGAUCGCCUUAUGUUGGCCAUGGCCGUGUUCGUUGAAGGUUGUCUCUUCUAUUACCACGUCCUUCACCGCCCCAUGCUGGAUCAACACAUCCACUCCCUGCUGCUCAUCACCCUCUUUGCUGGGACUGGAAGCAUCCUGCUGGAGGUUUUCCUGCGUGACAACAUUGUCCUGGAGAUGUUCCGAGCCCACAUCACCAUCGUCCAGGGAACAUGGUUCUGGCAGAUUGGUGUUGUGCUGUUCCAGCCAUGGGGAGGUCCUGUGUGGGAUGAGAAUGAUCACAGCAACAUCAUGUUCCUCACGAUGUGCUUCUUCUGGCACUGGGCAGCUGCUGUGGCCAUCCUGGCUGUGAACUACAGCCUCGCUUACUGCUGUCUCCAGAGGCUCCUGAAAGGCAGUGGAGAGCCCUACAUCAGCCUGGGGGUCUGGCAGCAGAAGGGUGACAGCAGCUCCCAGGCUGCCUUCUUGAACGGCUCCGAUGAAGAGUGA